AAAAGAGUUCAAUGCUAAAAUGGCCGUUGUGCGCAGUUGUCUGUGUUUAUUUACGUAUUUUACUUACUGUAAAUUUACUUAAUAUUCAAUGUUUAUUUAAAUAAACGACGAUAAUUAAAUAAGAUAUUAUUUUUAAAUCUUAAUUACUUAUAAGUGAAGUUUUAUUAUUACGAAUUUAUUUAUUAUUUCUUUUUUUUUUAUUAUUUAAUCAUGACAGUAAUAAUAAAAUCAAUUUAAUUAAUAAAAUAUAAGACUGUCAUAUAUUUGUGUGGUUAUUUUGAAGUGAGCUUAGGGAGUUUUUUUUUAUUUUUAAUUUUUUGUUUUAUUUAUUUUAUGCGACUCAUCGAUAUUGAGUUCUAACCUAAUUGUCAAGGCUUCUCGAAACUUCGUACGUCAAUUGAUUUCAGCAGGAGGAGACACUGUCAAUUUAAAAUAAAUAAAUAAAAUAAAUAAAAGUUUGUUUUUGUUUAUGAUAAAAAUAAAUUAAUAAUAGAGAUAAAAGAUCAAAUGUUAAAAUGAAAUGUUUCCACAAACGUUGAGCGUUGAAGCUGAAAAAAUAAUAACGAGCAUGGCAGACGAAGUGCUGCCGGCUAGUUUGGAAAAACUUGAAAUUGAUCGACUUACAAACAAUUGUCCUCACGGCAAUAAUAGCAGCAGCGAUAAAUCAACAUCUGGAAAUCCAUUUCGUUCAAGUGGACGUGGUACAGCAACUGGUGAUACAAGUUAUUUAUUUCGUAGAAGAUCAAUGCCAAAUCGUCCAACACCAAGUUUUGUAAGUCCACGUGGUGUUAAAUGUACAACGAACUUUAAACCACCAAAAAAUGAUAAAUUACUGGAUGGACAAAAAAAAAAUUCAAUUAUAAAAGAAGCCGUUCUAAAACUAAAUAGCAAUAAUUCAACGACGUGUUUGAGUGAUACACUGGCUAGUACAUUAUUACAGGAGGCGUGUAAACUCAGUAUUUCAUGUAUUAGAAAUCCUAGGACAUUUGGACAUGGUUCAGUGACGAAAGACUUCAAGGCUUUGAAUAUUAACACGGAUUCAAGAUUGGCUAAAGACGACACUAGUUUACCUGAAAGCUCUUAUCGUGCAAGUAGUUUUCAACGUGCGCGCAGUAAUACGAUGCCCAGUUUAAAAAGACCUGGACCAGGACCUGGUGGUGGUGAUGCUGGAGCUGUGAAUACUGUUGCCGCUGCUGCCGCCGCCGCUGCUGCAGCAGCUUCUACGAUUUCAAAUAAUAUCAAUGCUACUGCUAAUAUACCUGGUUAUAAUAAUAAUGAAGGAGUUUAUUCAUCAAAUGCUGGUCAAUCGAGCACGAAUACUUGCUCUGUACAAGCAAGAAUGUCACCACCAUCGUCUUGUGAUGUAACAAUUGAUGAACUUGCUAGUUACUUUGAAGAAUUUGUUCAUAUUCCAAAGAAGAUGUCACACAUGGCAGAAAUGAUGUACAUUUAGCUAUAGUUAGCUUUAAUUAAUGCAGAUUUUACUGCCCAUUCAUUAUUAUUAUUAUUAUUAUUAAUAUUAAUCUUAUUCAUUUUAUUUUUUAAGAUCGAGAAUAAAAUUAAUAUUCGGUAACAUUGAUAAUUAUUAUUUUUUUCAUUAAUGAAAAUUCGUAAUAUUUUUUUUAAUUAAAUUAAUUUAUCGUUUUUUGUAGUAAUUAAUUUAAUUACAAAUUUAAGAAUGAAAUAUCAACGC